AUGGGUGAGAUGCUGGUGCUGACAGUUCUCUCUCUUCUUCAGGGUCGGCAUGUCAAAACGGGUCAGCUAGCAGCCAUCAAAGUCAUGGAUGUUACUGAGGAUGAAGAAGAAGAAAUCAAACUGGAGAUUAAUAUGCUAAAGAAAUAUUCUCAUCAUAGAAAUAUUGCAACGUAUUAUGGUGCUUUCAUUAAGAAAAGUCCUCCAGGACAUGACGACCAACUGUGGCUUGUUAUGGAGUUUUGUGGAGCAGGCUCUAUCACAGACCUUGUGAAGAACACGAAAGGGAAUACUCUGAAAGAAGACUGGAUAGCAUAUAUCUCCAGGGAGAUUCUCCGGGGGUUGGCACAUCUUCAUGCCCAUCAUGUGAUUCACAGGGAUAUCAAAGGGCAAAAUGUGUUGUUAACAGAGAAUGCAGAAGUGAAACUUGUGGAUUUCGGUGUGAGCGCUCAGCUGGACAGGACAGUUGGCAGGAGAAACACUUUUAUUGGAACUCCGUACUGGAUGGCUCCAGAAGUUAUUGCCUGUGAUGAAAAUCCAGAUGCUACAUAUGAUUACAGAAGUGACCUUUGGUCAUGCGGCAUUACAGCCAUAGAGAUGGCAGAAGGAGCUCCCCCGCUUUGUGACAUGCAUCCCAUGAGGGCACUCUUUCUGAUACCCAGGAACCCUCCCCCACGGUUAAAAUCCAAGAAAUGGUCAAAAAAGUUUUUCAGCUUUAUAGAAGGCUGUCUAGUGAAGAAUUACAUGCAAAGACCUUCAACAGAGCAACUCUUGAAACAUCCCUUUAUACGUGACCAACCAAAUGAAAGGCAAGUCAGAAUCCAGCUUAAGGACCAUAUAGACAGGACCAGGAAGAAGAGAGGAGAGAAAGAUGAGACGGAGUAUGAAUAUAGUGGAAGUGAGGAAGAAGAGGAGGAAGUGCCUGAACAAGAAGGAGAGCCAAGUUCCAUUGUCAAUGUGCCUGGAGAAUCAACCCUCCGACGUGAUUUCCUGAGACUGCAGCAGGAAAACAAGGAACGGUCCGAGGCCCUUCGGAGACAGCAGCUGCUGCAGGAGCAGCAGCUCCGUGAGCAAGAGGAGUACAAGAGGCAGCUGCUGGCAGAGAGGCAGAAGCGCAUCGAGCAGCAGAAGGAGCAAAGGAGGCGGCUAGAAGAG